AUGGGCUGUAAUAAUACAUUUAUCAUUGGAACUUUGUCAAAACAAGAGUCACGGGCGCUAUUCAAGGAACUUGUUGUAAUGAAUGUAGAAAAUUAUAUUAUAAGCUCAAUUGCAAGAGAAGUAACUGCUGAAUGUGAUGGUUUGCCAAUUGCAAUUGUGACUGUAGCCAAGGCACUUAAGAACAAGGACAUGUAUGUGUGGCUCGAUGCCUUACAACAGCUUAAAAGGUCAACAUCAACAAAUAUUGAAAGGAUGCAUGAAAAUGUAAUUUCAUCCUUGGAGUUGAGUUACACUUUUCUUGAAAGUGAGGCAAAAUCUAUCUUCUUAUUUUGCUCUGUAUUUCCUGAAGAUUUCAGAAUUCCUUUUGAAGUCUUAGUGAGUUACUUAACAGGUUUGAGAUUGUUCAAAGACCUGGAGACAAUUAAGGAUAUUAGGGUCAGAACACAUGCUAUUAAAAGUAACCUUAUCUCUUCUUUUCUAUUGAUUGAACAUGAAAAAUAUGAAAAUCAUGUCAAAAUGCAUGAUGUAAUUCACGAUGUUGCACAUAUGAUAGCAUGCAAACACAACCCUACUUUCUUGGUGAAGGCUGGUAUUAGUUUGGAAGAGUGGCCGCAAAGAGAUACAUUUGAAGAUCUCACAAGUAUCUCAUUGAUGUCAAAUGAUAUUAAAGAGAUACUGAAGUGA